GGAGGGGGGCUAGUUGGCUAGCUGUUGGUUUAACCGACCUACUUCAUAACACCAGGCGUUAUAUCACUUCAGGUCGUGUCCCACCUGGGAAAAAGCGGCCUGGACGACCCAACAUUUCAUAAUUUAUGGUAGAGGCACUGUGACAGUAGUAUGACACACUGACCUAUCAUACUGAAGGAAAAGAGCGUUAGCUGCUGCAGUGACUUAGCAUAUUUAGUGUUUUAAAAGGGGGGCUGUCAAGAGAGGACUGGUUUCACCGUGCCCAGAUUUUGAGCCAAAAGAAGAAGUGAUGUCCUGCACAUGCACCUCGGCUGCCAGGUUGUUGCUAAAUACUGCCAACAGAGGAUUGUCAUGCUCCCGCAUUCAGUUGUAUUCCCUGAGUCGUCAGGGAUCUCGAGAAGCCCAUUUAAUUCCUCGGGUGCGGGUGAGGUCGUUUUCAGAAACAGCUAUUUGCUAUGCCUCUAAAGAUGGGACGACAAAGGACAGUGGCAGUGAUGGUGGAAAGAAAAGCAUCAGUGAGGGGAAGAGACUCUCUGGAUCUGGAGGAUCUGGCAAAGGAGGAAGCCAACUCCGCUGCCCUAAAUGUGGAGAUCCCUGUACACAUGUAGAGACAUUUGUAUCAUCAACACGAUUUGUCAAAUGUGAAAAGUGCCAUCACUUUUUUGUGGUUCUGUCUGAAACUGACUCUAAGAAGGGGCUAAACAAAGAGCCAGAAUCAGCUGCAGAGGCUGUGAAACUGGCAUUUGCACAGAAACCUCCCCCUCCCCCUAAGAAGAUAUAUGCUUACCUCGACAAGUAUGUUGUUGGACAGUCGUAUGCAAAGAAGGUGUUAGCAGUUGCAGUGUACAAUCACUACAAGCGCAUCUAUAACAACAUCCCUGCUGGCAGCCGACAGCAGGUGGAGGUGGAGAAACAGCCCUCUUUAACACCGCGAGAGCUAGAGAUGAGAAGACGAGAGGAUGAAUACAGAUUCACAAAGCUUCUGCAGAUCGCAGGGAUCAGUCCUCAUGGAAAUGCACUGGGAGCAUCCAUGCAACAGCAGGCGAGCCAGCAGGCACCUCAGGAGAGGAGGGGUGGCGAGGUUCUGGACUCCACACAUGCUGACAUUAAACUGGAGAAAAGUAACAUCAUACUUCUGGGCCCAACUGGUUCUGGAAAAACACUGUUGGCGCAGACGCUGGCACGAUGUCUGGAUGUCCCAUUUGCUAUUUGUGAUUGCACAACACUAACUCAAGCUGGAUAUGUGGGAGAAGACAUCGAGUCAGUUAUCGCUAAACUGCUGCAAGAUGCAAACUACUCAGUGGAAAAGGCUCAACAAGGCAUUGUGUUUCUGGAUGAAGUGGAUAAGAUUGGCAGUGUGCCUGGAAUUCAUCAGCUGAGGGAUGUAGGAGGAGAAGGAGUCCAACAGGGGCUGCUUAAACUCUUGGAGGGGACAAUUGUCAACGUUCCUGAGAAAAACUCCAGGAAACUCAGAGGAGAAACAGUGCAAGUAGACACCACAAAUAUCCUCUUUGUUGCAUCUGGUGCCUUCAAUGGACUGGACAGAAUCAUCAGCAGAAGAAAGAAUGAAAAGUAUUUGGGUUUUGGAACACCCUCUAACCUGGGCAAAGGGCGACGUGCAGCGGCUGCUGCAGACCUGGCAAACACCAGCGGAGAGACUGACACGGUGGCAGAGAUUGAGGAGAAAGACCGGCUUCUGAAACACGUUGAAGCCAGAGACCUGAUUGAGUUUGGAAUGAUCCCAGAGUUUGUGGGUCGUCUUCCUGUCGUCGUUCCUCUGCACAGUCUGGAUGAAGACACGCUAGUCCGAAUCUUGACUGAACCACGUAAUGCUGUGGUGCCUCAGUACCAGGCGCUGUUCAGCAUGGACAAAUGUGAACUCAAUAUGACUCAAGAUGCCUUGAGGGCCAUAGCUAGGAUGGCCCUGGAGAGAAAAACUGGUGCUCGUGGCCUCAGAUCUAUUAUGGAAAAACUUCUACUGGAGCCCAUGUUCGAGGUGCCUCACUCAGACAUCAUGGCUGUUGAGCUGAACAAAGAUGUUGUCCAUGGAAAAUCAGAGCCCAGAUACAUCAGAGCUCCAGCCAAGGAGUCUGCAGAGGAGGAAUACGACUCAGGCAUCGAAGAGGAGAACUGGCCACGGCAGGCGGACGCUGCUAACAACUGAAUCUUGUCACUCAUUUCACAAAGUCCUGAGAGCAGUACUGUCUGAAAUCAUUGGAUUAUCGUGACAGCAUCUCUGGGUUUUCAUUCUAACCCCUGACAGAUAAGCUGUGGCAAAUGUAGUUAAGGUAAUGAAGGCUCCUGGAUGUCACUCAAGAGUGUUUUUUUUUUAUUGAACAAGUUAUGAGAGUGUAACAACCUUUGGUCCUGUGCAUCUGAUGUUAAUUUUCUAGCGGUGCACUCGCAAGGUGGACCUUUCUAAAAUAUUCAAUCUCUGGGGAUUGUUAACAUUUUAUCUAUAUAAAGAUAAUGCAAUUUUAUUCAUAAAAAGAUUUGUAGCUAGACUUUUUUGUUUGCUCUUUUUGUGGUGAUGGGCUCUGGCAGUGAGGGAAGCAAAGAACAUAAUGGGAUCAUACUGUACACUUGAAAACGGGGGAAGUUGAGAAAGUGUAGAUAUGAUGACGUGAUGUUACCAAGUCAAUUAAUGCCUUAUAUCAUAAGGGCAUGAUAUUCCAUGAGCACAUCAAUAUUUUGAUGUUUUCUUCUUUAUCACCAUUGUAAUAAUGGUGUCCACAUGAAAAAUGGGCUGUAAAUGUUGAGCUACACUGCUUGGGUAGCAUUUGUAAGCAGUUUGUAUGACACGACUUUAAUUAGGAGAACAUGUUGUGAAGCGUAAUGCACCAGCACACUAAACAGAGCAGGUAAAAUAAAUAGUGUCCUUUUUAAAACAGCCACAAUGGUUAUUUUUUCAGUGUUUUGCUCCUUCCAGCCCAAUCUUUAGGGAAUGUAUAUGUGUUUACCAUCAAACCUCAAUCACAGGAGUCGGUCAAAUGGCUUCUUCACAAAGCAGGAUUAACAGGUUAGAAAAGUGACUUUUAAGUGUUAAUAAAAUACUGUACCUUUUGGAGUUUUGUUUCGUUACUUACAUCCCAACGAUCAUGACUGAAUCGAAGCAGGUGUUGGAUGUGCAGAUUCAGAUCAGUGUCAGAUGGAUAAUCUUGUUUCAGUGAGAUGACUGCCGCUCUAUGUCUGUUUAGGGAGAUACCACCCUCGGGUAUUUUUAUUUUCUUUGUAUGUUCCCCAGCAUUGGAAACUUGCCUCACCUUUAGUGAUGUAGUAACAUGUUACUAAAUGGUACCUGAAUUCACACGUCUGUAAUCAAGCCUUUACCUAAAUGCUCUCUUAACUGAACCACGCUGCUGUACCCUCAAAAUGCUGUUUGUGCUACAAAAUGAGAUUAAACCAGAUCUGUUCUCCUUUUGCUUUAAGUUUCCUUUUCUUUCAGUAAAUUUUCAAACCUGCUUCUUUUCUUCUUCUGUUUUCAGAGGUCUGUUACAGAACUUGUAAAACCCUCAAGUUUGUGAAUCAGUUUAUUGUAAUUGUUUAAAAUAUAUAAAUAAAAUGUAUAUCUCUGUA